AUGAUCUGCAUCAAUUGCUGCCGUGAGGUUGAUUGCUUGUAUGUCGAGUACUCUAAUAAUCGUAUCCGACUUACAGAUUGUACAGAAUGCGAGGAAGUUGUAGACCGCUAUGUUGAAAUAGACAACAUUCUGUUAUUCAUUGAUCUGUUACUUUUAAAACCUGGCGCGUACAGACAUCUAGUCUAUAAUUCACUAGAACUUGAGCUGUCAAAGUAUCCAGAUCGCGGGUCUUACGAGGAGCACUAUCACAGAAGGUCCUCCAAGCUUGAAGUUAAAGGACCCUUCAUUUGGCAUUCGUGGUUCUCAUUUCAGCUACACAGAUUGAAGGAUUGGUUUGUCAAGUUUGACCAGCUGAACCGAAUUUGGGUUCUCAUAACCGCUUUCGAGGUAUACCUCACCUGGGUCUCAGAGGAACGCAAAUUCCACCAGACGCGGUCCAAUGAAUUGAUGCGUCAGAUCCUUUCCAAAAGCGCAUUGGGCCAAUACUUAUGCUUUGCAGUGUAUUGCGUUCUAGAUUUCGUGGUGCUUAAUAACGUGGCUCACUACUUGCUUGUCAAGAUUUACAAAUGGGGGCAUAAGGUCAAGUAUGCAAAAUACGUUGUUUCGUACACAAUACUGCUUUCAUAUGGUGCUAAAAUUUACCCCAUCCUUAUGCUGAUUUGGCCCUACGAUUCUCUUCUUACAUCUAGCAUUAUUAAGAUAGUUGCCAAUGUUUACAUUAUUGAAGCACUCAAAAUUGUAACCAAUCAAAGCUACAUCGAUGUGAUGAUCUUAUUCCUUUUCGUGUUUCUCGCACGAUCUCUUACUGUCAAACCGUUGCUUUCUUUGGUUGUUACGCAUGGUAAUUUUCCUUUGUGCUGGCAGUACACUAAGGCAGAGUAUCAUCAAAUAUUGCAGAAUUUACUACCUAGUACCUAUUUAAAGAAACCUAAUCAACCAUAG